AUGAGGAGCUGGCCCUGGCGACAGACUGAAGACCCCAGCAUCAGAGCAGAGAGGCAGAGAGAGCCCACGCACCACGAGCCAAAAUCUCCUUUUUACCUCUGCAGACUUCUCCUCAAUGACCUCGGCAUGAACUCAUGGGAUCGCAGAAAAAGCUUUCAUCUUCUAAAGAAGAACUCCAAGCUCUUGAGAGAGCUGAAGAAUUUGGACUCAAGGCAAUGUCGAGAGACGCACAAGAUUGCCGUGUUCUACAUUGGAGAAGGCCAGGAGGACAAAUGCUCCAUUCUGUCCAACACGGAGGGCAGUCAGGCUUAUGAGGACUUUGUCUCUGGGCUGGGAUGGGAGGUGAAUCUGGCCACUCACUGUGGGUUUAUGGGUGGUUUGCAGAGAAACGGCAGCACAGGUAGCACAGCACCAUAUUACGCUACAUCCAACAUGGAGGUCAUCUUCCAUGUGUCGACUCGCAUGCCUUCUGACUCAGAUGACUCCAUCACCAAAAAGCUUCGUCACUUGGGAAACGAUGAAGUGCAAAUUGUGUGGGUCGGAGCACCACUCGGGAUUACAGAAGAGGAAUCAUUCCCACCGACUUCGGAGAUGUCCUCAUCAUCAUCUACCCCAUGA